CCGUCAGGCCUCCCAAGAUGGCGGCCGCCAUGCUGGGCCGCGGGGCCCGCAGUGCGCAGGCAGCCGCCCGGCCCCGCCGCGGCCCCCGCCGCCCGCACUGAGCCCCCUCCGGCGGCACCGCACACCCCGCCGCCCCCCCCACCCCACCCCACCCCCCACCCGCUCCGCCCGCCGAGCCGCGGCGGCACGGCCCGCGGGCCCGCCCGCCAUGGAAGCGCCCGGCGCCGCCGCCGUGGGAGCCGCUCCCGCCGCCAGCAACGUCCCCGCCUUCCUCACCAAGCUCUGGACGCUGGUGGAAGAUCCAGACACCGACCCGCUCAUCUGCUGGAGCCCGAGUGGAAACAGCUUCCAUGUGUUUGACCAAGGCCAGUUUGCCAAGGAGGUGCUUCCAAAGUACUUCAAACACAACAACAUGGCCAGCUUUGUGAGGCAGCUCAACAUGUAUGGCUUUCGGAAGGUCGUGCACAUUGAGCAGGGGGGGCUGGUGAAGCCUGAGAAGGAUGACACUGAAUUCCAGCAUCCCUACUUCAUCCGAGGCCAGGAGCACCUGCUGGAGAACAUCAAGAGGAAAGUCAACACUGUGUCCAGCAUCAAGAAUGAGGACAUAAAGGUUCGGCAGGACAACGUGACCAAGCUGCUGACUGACAUCCAGGUGAUGAAGGGGAAGCAGGAGAGCAUGGACUCCAAGCUGAUGGCCAUGAAGCACGAGAACGAGGCGCUGUGGAGGGAGGUGGCCAGCCUGAGGCAGAAGCACACCCAGCAGCAGAAGGUGGUAAAUAAGCUUAUCCAGUUUUUGAUUUCUUUGGUGCAAUCCAACCGUAUUCUGGGGGUGAAGAGGAAGAUCCCCCUGAUGUUGAACGACAGCAGUUCAGCACAUUCCAUGCCCAAGUACAGCCGCCAGUUCUCCCUGGAGCACGUCCAUGGGUCCUCCCCCUACGCAGCUUCUUCCCCAACAUACAGUGGCUCCAACCUCUAUUCCCCGGAUUCUUCAGCCAACUCUGGUCCCAUCAUCUCUGACGUGACCGAGCUCGCCCAGUCCAGCCCCUCAGCGUCUCCCAGCGGGAGCCUGGACGAGAGGAGCAGUCCCGUGGUCCGUAUCAAAGAAGAACCCCCCAGUCCCACCCGCAGCCCCCAGGUAGAGGAGACCAGCCCAGGGAACCCUCCUGCUGCUGAGACUCCUCUGUCCCCCUCCACCUUCAUUGACUCCAUCCUGCAGGAGAACGAUCCCGGCACCACGACGGCCGCGGCCGCCAACAGCUCCUCCCAGCCCCAGCCCCCCGAGAAGUGCCUCAGCGUCGCCUGCCUCGACAACUUGACUCGCACUGCGCAGAUGUCCGAGGUCACUCGUCUUUGCCCCAGUUCUUCCUCUUCCUCACUGCACUGCAGAGCACAGCAAGGGAAUGAGCUCAGCGACCAUCUGGACACCAUGGAUUCCAACCUGGACAACCUCCAGACCAUGCUGACCACGCACGGCUUCAGCGUGGACACAAGCGCGCUCCUAGACCUUUUUAGCCCUUCCAUGACGGUUACAGACAUGAACCUUCCUGACCUGGACAGCAGCCUGGCCAGUAUUCAGGACCUCCUGUCGUCCCAGGAACAGCAGAAACCUGCUGAGACAGAGGCCAGCACGGCAGACACAGGGAAGCAGCUGGUUCACUACACAGCCCAGCCCCUCUUCCUGGUGGACUCAAGUGCCGUGGACAUGGGGAGUGGAGACCUGCCCAUAUUCUUCGAGCUGGGGGAAGGGCCUUAUUUCACGGACGGGGACGAGUACUCGGAAGAUCCCACCAUCUCCCUCUUGUCGGGGACUGAGCAGCCCAAACCCAAGGACCCCACCAUCUCCUAGAGCCCCGGGGCUGGGUGGAAAGAGAGGAAGAAGAAAAAAGGGGCACUAAAGGGAAGUCCAACCAUCAACCUCCUCGCUUUGCACAGACCUUCCAGAGCUCUCCACACCUCCUGCUCCGUGUCCUCUCCCACCCCCGGCGCUGCGAGGGUUCCAUUUGUGUGUGAUUGCUUCAUGAGGUGUUUCCAAACCUGCUUCUAGAUCCUCCGCUUUGGGUGGCCCCUGGGGACAGCUGGGGACAACGGAGCCGUGGCCACAACCCCUUCCUUGACCCCAGGGAUGGGCACGGCCACCUCAGGAGACCCCUCUUGGCCACCGGGCGCUCCGGGACCUUCUCCCCUUGUCCGCGGCCCCGCGUGGGUGCCGGGAGGAGGGGGGGGGGGGGAGCUAAG